GGUAUUCUUCUCUGUAUUAGUACUUGAACACUGUUCAAACUUCACCACCUUGACCACCAAACCCUCUCUCUCUUCACUCUCUCUCUCUCUCUGUCUCUCUCUCUCUCUCUCUCUCCUCUCCGUCGCCUCACCCUUGCACGGCCCAUUUCGCCAUUGAAGCACCUUGUCGACUCCGAAAUCAAAUUUUGGUUUUCUCUCUUGCUUCUCUCAUCAUCAUCAUCAACCUUGAGAUUUUUACUUUUAGACUAUUGGAUGGAGUAAGAGAUAUUGGUUGGGUUUGAAGUUAGAUAACCAUGUUGCAUCCUGAAAAGAUGAAUAUGGAACAAGAUUCUGAAUUUAAGUGGGGUGAAAGACUUGGAGUUGGUAGGACAAACAAGGAUGUUCGGUUCUACCGGUCUUUCACAUUUCAGGGCGUGGAGUACUCCCUGUAUGAUUCCGUACACCUCUACAAGACUGGCGCUUUGGAAACAGAUAUUGGUAAGAUUAUCAAAAUUUAUUCCACAGCAACUGAAAAGAAGGUUAGGAUUGUGUGGUUUCUUCGGCCAGCUGAAAUAUGCAACUUUUUGGGUGAUUAUCAACCACACUGGAAAGAGAUUUUUUUAGCUUCUGGCGAGGGUACAGGCCUCUCCAAUCUGAAUCCUCUGGAAGCAAUUGUUGGAAAGUGUAAUGUUGUCUGCGUAUCAGAGGAUACAAGGAAUCCUCGUCCCUCUAAAGAAGAGUUCAGAACGGCCAACUACUUUUUCCAUAGUACAUUUGACGUUGACAGGCGCAAAAUAUUGCAGAAGUUUCCGGAUCAAAUAUAUGGAAUUAAAGUGGAGAAAUAUUUUAACAGGCGAAAACAGCAAAGCCUCACCAGGAUGGACCAAGCUGGACCAUCAAAUGUGCCUUCCAAUUCACAAUUGGACAAAGUGGUGGCAUAUCCAGUUAAAAAUGGCAAGCCUAGUAGUAAAUCAAUCCGUAUAGGCAAAGAAUCGGAGAGUCGGCGUCCAGAAGCUAGACCAUCAAGUGUGCCUUCCAAUUCACAAUUAAGCAAAGUGGUGUUGUGUCCACUCCUGAAUGUUAAAGGAAAUACAGUGGACCCUUUACUACCACCUGUGAGCACACCAGAUACCCGUUCUUAUAAGAAGAUGAAAACUGCAGAUAGUAGACUGCCAGAUAUUGAUAAGAGUGGUUGGUUCAAGCCAGCAUUUUGGGAGGAAAGACUGCGGACAGCUGAAGGUAAUGGCACCUUGGUCCUGCUAGACAAUCUAGAUCCAUCCUUUACAUCCUCCGAAGUACAGGGUCUAGUUUGGGCUGCAUUCAAGCAGAUGGUUGAGGCAAAAAUGAUACCAUGCACUCCUUUUUCUAAUCCACGCUAUGGAAAGGCUUUUGUUAUAUUUAAGUCGUCAGAUGAUGCUGAAACUGCUAUAGUUGAGUUAAAUAGGAGAUGCCUGACUCUGGCAGAUGGGAGACCUGUCAUCGGUACCAUCUGCAGAGGGACUCUAAAAGUGCCUGACAAAACAUCCAGAUUUUAUGGACAUCUGACGAUUGACAAACAUCGGCUUAAAAGCCAACGUGAAGAGAUGAGAAAAGCAGUAUCAACGUCGCACUUUGCUCAGCCCAAUACAGUUGAGUAUGAUAUGGCAAUGGACUGGUGUUUACUGCAGGAAAGGUCAGAUUUGUGGUGGAAGGCUUUAUAUCAGGACCAUGAGUUAACAUUCUCCCCCGUGGAGCCCCCUCUGCAGGAAGAAGAGAAGGAGAUAAAGAAGUUGGGAGAGCAAAAGGUCAAGUUUAAUUAACUAACAUUGUAGUUCAUAGAUAAAUUUGGAGAAAUUUUUUGUUCCCUGUGGAUACAAAAUUACAGUACAGUCAGAUAGGCAUACAGGGUUCUACCCACCUAGAACUAGAGCUGUGUUUUGUAAAUUCCUAAGAUGGAAACCUCACUCUGGUAGUCUGGUGUAAUCUGUCAUUUGCUCAUCUCUAGUUUUGUUACGUACCUUGGAUGCAGUAGAUAUCAUUUCAGGAAUUGGCAAGCCCAGAAUUGAUCAGAUUCCUAUUAUGUGCCAGUUGUGGACGAAAUACAAGUUAAGAAUAUGAUCCCAACUAUAAAUACCAUUUUGCCAUUCAUGA